AUGCCGACUACCUGUUCAACUCAUCGCUGUACAAAUAGAGCAAAAUCGGGGUUAAAUAUACAUUUUUUUAGAUUUCCUCUAAGUGAUGCUGAAAGAUUAAAAGGUUGGUUAAACGCUAUUGGUCGCAUAGGAUUUGUGCCAAAUGCUGGAAGUCGCUUAUGUAGUGAUCAUUUUGAACGAUCAGACUUUUAUGAUAAUCCAGGAGGAAGUUACAAAUUAACUUUAAAAAAACUCUUUUCAAACGAACCACAAAAAAAAAAAAAUGUAAUACCUACAAUUUAA